AUGAUGCGCGAUUGCAGAGAAGGUGUACGGCGUCCAGAUUGUAGUCGGAGAUGAUGGAAGUGCUGGCGGGAGAACGACGGGAUAGAAGAUGCGUAGGAUGGUGGGGUAACGCGAAAGGGCAAGACUGAGUGUCAAGCUCGAUCGCUGACAAGGCGACGCGGACGUCUGGCCAAAAUUGCAGAGGGCGAGCAGCCUUGGGAUGUUAGGGUUCGGCGAGACCCCUGUCUAUCGAUGUGGUGCGCUUGGCGAAUCAAUCGUCGAAAUGAAUCAAAAGGCACAAUGCGCGAAUCGCCAAAGAUGCGUCGCUGAGGUGAGGCUGAUGGGAAGUGAAAGGAAUUCGAGAUUGGAGGUGGAGGCGCGAGCGCAGCACGUGCCCGUGCCGGAAGCGCUCGGCGGAUGACGGAAGCGGCGUAGUGGCCUGCGUACGAGCGCAGCGCGGCAGCAGUAGGCAGAUGACACCGAUGGAUCGAUGGAUCGCUCGAUCUGCUCAAGUUUCAGAUCGCAAGUCGCGAUUACACGUGAGGACAAGUGCGGAGUCGAGAUGGUGCUGGGAGAAGAACGUUCUUGGGAAAGGUUGAGCUACCGUUCACACACGGGAUUUGAUGACGAGUCGUGAAGGUUAACCGAAUGGGAGAAGGGCAGAUGACUGACUCGCGACUGGUGCUCACGGCGAGAUGUUGACGAAAAGGUCGAGAUGCGAAGCGAAGGGUGAAGAUGGUGGUCGCGAAUCACGCACAGGCUUGGGCUGCAAUCAAAAUGAUCGCACCAAAAUGGUUAAAGGUUUACUGACCGCACCUCUACUGACGCAGCUUCGGAUGUUUGUCGCUCAAAGCAAGACCGCCAGGUGCUCUGCGGCAAUAUGAGCAUCAAGACUUGGCACGAG